CGACAGUUCCCUGCCAUUUCCGGCAUAAACACAUGAACGCUGGAGUGAAGAGAACAUGAGAGGUCAAAAGUUAUGAUCCUAAUCUUCACCAGACACAGAACAUAACACAGAGACAUGGCCAGUUCCAUGGUGGCAGUGGGACUGGCUCUGGCAGCAGCAGGAUUUGCAGGUCGCUAUGCCUUGCAGGCAAUGAAGCAGAUGGAACCUCAGGUCAAACAGGCCCUCCAGAGCUUCCCCAAGACGGCUUUUGGAGGAGGGUACUAUAGAGGUGGAUUUGAACCAAAGAUGACGAAGAGAGAAGCUGCCCUUGUUUUAGGUGUCAGCCCCACAGCCAACAAAAAUAAGAUCCGUGAAGCCCAUAGAAAACUGAUGAUCCUGAACCAUCCAGAUAGAGGAGGAUCUCCCUACCUAGCAGCAAAGAUAAAUGAAGCAAAGGAUCUGAUGGAAGACCAGGCAAAGAAAUAGUACGAAGAUGCUGGUGACAUAAAUGUGAUUUCACACUGCUCUCACUCACGCUGUUGCACUGACUGACUUGAGCAGUUACAACUUUUCUAACUCAUUGUUCUCAAAUAAAAUCACACUGUAUAAAUUGUUAAUGGAGCUCUCCCUUCUUAUUAUCUUAUGUUUUAAUUUUACUUUGUUUACAUUUCAGCAAAUGUUAAGUCGAAGGUGGUUUUCUACUUGACAUGAACUAAAACAAUACUCAGAUUUCCAUAUGUACAUUAUAAUACUUUUUGUUUGCUUUGAAUUUUUGUUUGAAACUCUACAUCUUUGGAAGAUACUGAAUUGAUUUGACUCACUCAAACUGCAUCGUAUCAGCUUUUGGUGAACUUGUUUUUUUUACAUAGAAUGAGGACUGCAGAUUUUGUUCAGCAUCACUUACAUUGAAACUGCUUUGAGGGGAGAUUUCUUUGUGACCAGUGUGGAUGGAAGGAACAGUUACAGUGAACUAAACUCCUCUAGCAUAUAUACAGGUAUAUCAGUACUGGUUUUAAGACACACUUGAAAAUGCAUCCCAUAAUUUCAAAAACAAAAGUACAUGAAUGUUUUUGAAAUUAUGGGACCUUGAUGGAUAUAAUGAUAAAUAUAGUGGCGUGACAGCAACAAUGUGACCAUCUUUGCAUUGUAUUUGUUCAACUUAUACUUUUUUUUUUUUAAGAGAGCCAGACCCAUAUGGAUUUUAGAUCUACACAGAAGAUCAAGUUUAUUUAAGAACUACCUGCAUACAAAACAUAUUGCACAUCAACCAACCAGAAUGAUCCUUAAAAAAACAAACAAAAAAAAAAAAACACAUACUGGAUGUCACAACUCUCAGUAGUCCAAAUUGUCAUCUGUCUCCAAAAUAACCCCUAGGUAAUGUGUAGUUUAGUGUCAAGAAAAAGCUUUUCUUGUUUUUUUUUUGUUGUUUUUUUUUUUAAAUACUGUACAUUUUCUUAAA